AAGACAAAUUUGCAACACAGCUACCACCACCAGAGUCCUCAACUUGCAAGGGACAGUGAGUCUUCAAAAGCUCGAAAACGCCGUGGUUUUAAUCAGAUAAAAGCGGAAUAAAACUAAAAACCACGUUUUAAAGUCGACAGACUACAAUAAUCUGCCAUGAACUGCCAUGAACCUGCCGUGAACGUCACGGAUACAACGAACAACGAAACAAAUCAAGGCGAACUACAAGGUUACAUUUCAAUACCAAGCUUACUUGGCUGGGCGAUAUCGUAUGCUAUUGUAGCAAUAGCCAUCAUCGUCGGAAACUCGCUGACAAUCGCAGCAUUCAGCACAAACAAAAAGCUCGCCAACGCCCGCACCAACUACUUCUUAGUGAGCCUGGGGAUAGCGGAUUUUAUGGUUGGCGCAUGCUCAAUACCGAUGUACGUAACUGAAAUGCUGUUUUAUUAUCUACGUAAAAACGAGGCCAGAAUCCGGUUUAACGAGAUUUACCUGCCUAUCGACGCGUUUAUGGGUUUCGCGUCAAUCUUUGCGCUCGUCGCCAUAGCGCUGGAUCGCGCAUACUCUGUGUUCCGCCCUCACAAGCACAAAACUAUCACCAAAGCGACUUAUUUGAUGGAGAUCGGCCUGGUCUGGUUCUUAGCGGCUUGCGUUGCUGGGAUUCGCGUUCUGAGCAAUUUCACCAGCAAAGACCUGCUAAAAACUGUCUUCAACUACGCCGUGCUUGUCUGCGUGUUCACUUCAUUGAUUUUAAUUUCUGUCGCUUACGCUAUGAUUUGGCACAAGGUUAGGAAGCCUGUGAGCCAAAACCACAGGACAGGCACGAAACAAGAAAAAAAGCUAGCGGUAACGCUGUCCUUAAUCACAGUUGUGUUCAUCCUCACGUGGGUCCCUUUCUACAUUAUGAACAUUAUCAUCAUGUUCUGCAAAGACUGUUAUGUUCUCCAGUUGAUUUACUUCGCAAAGUUUUUGCACUACAGCAAUUCUUUCGCCAAUUUCAUCAUCUACGUGCUCAAGAUUCGAGAAUUCCGGAAGACCGUGACGAAACUCUUACGGGGCAAAAGAAAGAAAACCUCUCCAAGUCCACAAAAAAGUAAAACCUUGGUUAAUUCUAAGGAAGAACCGAUCUCCAUGCAAGGCAUAAGACUUAGGGGAUUCACUCAUCCCCUGGAAAAUCGUGACCUUGAUUUGAUAACUGCUCACCAAUCAGUGUGAACUUGGCAGGUCUUUACAGCCAAUCAGAUGCAGCCUACACUAUACAAGCUCACUCUUGUUAAAUUGUUGUUACUGCUGUUCAUUUUCGUUUUUUUUUUAGUCCCAUAACCAAUCACUUUUCUGAAACCUUUGACCCCUGAGAGCCACUAGUAUCGAAUUUCUCAUCUCUGAAUCAAACAUUGAGGCCAUGAAAAUAAAGGAAAUGAUCACCAACUAAAGAAGCUCUUGAUCGUUAAACAAAUUCUCUUUGUCAGCACCUUAGGAAAUGUAUAGAGAACAGUAUGGAGAAUAUGCACACUGAGCGGCCCGAGAAUCUGUAAUACGUUUGUAUUAGAGCAAAUUUCAAUUGAGUGUAUAAAGUAACCCGGGAUUGCUCUGGCAUCGCUUCAAUUCGCUUUGUGAUUGGUCAAGAAAAUUCGCACCACUUUUUAAACCAAUCAGAUUCAAAAUUGAAACCAAUCGCGAUUUGGUCACCCGCGUUUUUCCCGCGCUUUAGGCAGUUUGAUAGUUUUUAUUUUGAGUUCUCAUUGGCUCUGAAAGGUCUUUUCCUUUCUUCUGAUUGGCCGCUGCGAUUGCUUUUGUUUUAGUUUUACGACACACAAUCGAAAAGAGCCCUAAAAAGACAGUACCUAAUAAGGAUUAUACUCGUUCUUAAAACUGGUCAUACCUGUCCUAUAGCACUAGCCAGACUGAAUGUGAAUAUGUGUAGUAGAACGUAAGGAUACCGCUGGCAAAAUGCAAUGAACUGGAAGACUUCACCACUUGUCAAGAGAGCUGUGGACGUAAUAAGAAAA